AUGGACACACAAAACCCUAAAAUCAACAAGUCUGGGUCACAGGCCAAAUAUAAGCAGGACAGAGAAGAGAGGAAAAACCAGCUCACCCCUGCACACAAAUACAUGUUUGACAUCCUGGCUGACAGGUUGUCUUUGACACCAGCAGAAGUGGAGGAUUUCAUUUUAGAUUCUUCUUCGCUGCUCGCUUUUGAUGAUUUCUUCGCUGUUGAAGGCAGUAAAACCAUUUCAUUUGUGUAUCAGGAGUCCGAAGUUCCCGGAAUAGAAUGUGGGCGUGUAUAUCCUGGUCCAAGCAAAGGGGCAAAAGUCAUGAGGCUUUUUUUAGCCAAUUUAGCAGAGACAUGCCUCACAGGGAUUUGCUGCUCCUUCAGACGGACCAGAGUGGACAUUCCUGUGAACCCAGAAAACAUCCACGAAGAAAUCCUUUUCUCAAUGAUUGACGCCAGGAAUGGCCUCCUAAAAGGAAUAAGGGAUUCAUACAAUUUCCUGCUUCCAGCCCUUAAUACAGGACAAAACUGGGGUGCGGUAGACAAGUCUAGACAUGGAGAAAAACUUAAAAAGAACUUCCUCUAUACCUUCAAACAUUGUUUGAGUUCUUUAGAUGAUAUCCAGAGAAGCAAUGAAAGCAUCGUUCAUCUCAAGACAGUCACAGAUAUCGACCUCUCUAAAUUAGCCUGUCUGGAUGAUAUCAAAGUUGCGGCUGCCAACUUUGACAUGGUGCAACGGCUCGAAGAAAUCCUGACACAAUGGUGCAAACAAAUUGAGCAGGUUCUGAUAGAGAGUGAUCUGUUGAGGAAAGAGGAUGAUUCAGCUGGGCCACUGAGUGAGUUAGAACACUGGAAACGGAUGUCGUUACGGUACAGCUCUAUCAUCAGCCACAUCAAAAGCCCAGAGUGUAAGGCAGUGGUGAUGGUGCUCCAUCUCAGCCAUUCCAAAAUAAUGAAGGUCUGGCGAGAUCUGGAUAUGAGGAUAACAAAUCGAGUCAAUGAGGCAAAAGACAACGUCAAAUUUUUGUCAACUCUUGAAAAAGUUCUACAUCCUCUGUACAACAGUGACCCGUUUACCAUGACAAAAAAUGUGCAGAAUGUCAUCAGUGCAAUUCACAUGAUUCACCGCGUUUCACUAUAUUACAAUACAAGUGAAAAGAUCUCUGCACUGCUUGUCAAAGUCACAAAUCAAAUGGUCACAGCAUGCAGAUCCUACAUUACUGAGAAUGGCAGCUGUCUUAUAUGGAAUCAAGAUGCUGAAAAACUCAUUGAAAAAAUGCAGGUCUGUACAAAUUUAUAUCAGGAAUAUCAGGUCUGUUUCCAUAAAACAAAGAUACAAGCAAUGAAAGAACCUGGGAAAAGAUCCUUUGAGGUCUCAGAGAUGCAGAUUUUCUGCAAGUUUGAGGGCUUCUGCAAGCAACUUGAAAAGAUCAAGAAAAUAAUUACUGUGUUCAAAACAUUUGAGCCUCUUGAGCAAUCCAACAUCGAAGGCAUCGAGAAUCUGGGCAGACUGUUCCGCACUGUAGCCAUGAACUUGAAAAGAAAGCAGUAUGACAUGCUCGCCCCAAGAACUACUGAAUUUGAAACUGAUUUUAGCCAGCUACAGACGUUUAUGAGUUCAUGCUUCUCAAACAUCAUCUCAUCCCAGCAAUCUCUGUGCCUCCUGAAGCGGUUUGAGAAGCUGAACCUUCCUUGUCUUAACACACACAUAUCCAACAUCGUGGGUGUUAUCCUUCAGCACUACACUUCAGAAGUGCUGUUUGUGAAAAAGGUCUUUGACAAACAGAAGAAUGACACUCCCUUAUCCAGAAAUAUGCCACCAGUGGCUGGCAGAAUUGCUUGGGUCAGACACCUCUAUAAAAAGAUAGAAGACCCGAUAUCACACAUAAAAGAAAACUCAGACAUCCUCUGUAGUCCUGAGGGACAAGAUGUGGUCAAAAUGUACAAUCAAACCGCAGCUGUGCUGGUUGAGUUUGAGCUUCUGCAACAUGAAAGCUGGAUGGAGAAAGUUUCCAAACUAGACUAUGUCUUGAACAUCACGCUUCUGGUUCGACACCCAAGUACGGGAAAAUUAGUGGUCAACUUUGAUCCUAAAAUAACAGAGAGCAUUCGGGAGGCCAAGUGUUUGUUAAAAAUGGGUUUAAAGAUUCCAAAGCAGGCAAUGCUACUAAUCAAGAUGGAAAGCAAAUUAAAUGCCAGUCAUUUCAGACUAAAGACCAUUUUAGAAGAAUUUGACUCCACUUGUCAAAGCAUACCUGCAGACUUCAGUAACUUGAUGGCUUCAAAAAUAAAACACGUGGAGUCUGCACUUCGACACGGUUCAGUGCUGCUAACCUGGUCGUCCUUCCUCCUGGACAAGUUCUUUCAAAAUGUUGAAGCUGCUCUGUCUGAGCUCAAAGUUCUUGUCAACAAGGUGCUCGAUAUUUGUAAGAUUCAAAUUUAUGAUGUCCUUGAAGACAUCUCUGAAACUCUGCUGAUCGAGCUCCCAGAAGAUCACGCAUCUCCACUGUGGCAGCUGGUUGACCAAAAUAAGGCAGGAGAAUCUCAUAAUCGUUGUAAAGAGUUGGCAAAAACACUGGAUUACAAAUGUAGUCGUGUAAAAGGAGCCAUUAUGGAAUUAGGUAAUGUGUUAAGUGCUGUAUAUGAACCAAAAGGGACCAAGACUGUAGAUGAACCUCAAGGGAGGAGUGUGACAUUCUCAAGGGAAAGCAAGAGGAGGGGUGCUAAAGCUGAUGCAGUGUCCUUAGAAGGACCAUUGAAAGAUAAGCAGAUUAAGUUUGAAAAGGAGUUUAAGAAGCUUUAUGAACUCUUCAGCACAGAAGUAUUCGAAGCACUUGUCAAAACCACCAAGUUAUCCCUGGUGACAUUAAAAAGGAGAAUUUGUGGCAGGAACACUUACAAGAAGUCAGAGAUUAAACCCAAGGUGGUCCCACUAAUUAAAUCAGAAGCCCAACUGGACAAGCCCAAUGUGGUCAUGGUCCCCAACGUAGAUGAGGUCCAGCAGGCCAUCAAUCAGCUUAUUGACUGUGUGCUGGAAGUUAGCAAAGGUGUUGUUUGGGAACAGGAGUUCAGCCAGGACGACACACAGAGCAAAGACAACUUCUCCCAGAACGUUUUUGAAGACAAGGACAUUAAAAAACUUGUGGUCGUUCUAAAGACUGCAGUCACCUCACAGAGGCAAGAAGCAAGUGACGUUCUGAAGUAUUUCCAUCCUUUCAGGGUGAUUUGGGAAGAUGACAGGAACAUCAAAGUCAAGGAAUUCAUGAGCAGCAGUCCAUCCUUGAUUCAGAUUAAAUCUGAAAUCCAGCACUACGACUCGGUUGAGCAACAAAUUGAGGCCAUCAAGCCUGAGAUAAUUUUUGGCUCUACUGAACUUUCAACAGGUGUAUUAAAGAAGGCUUUGACAGAUGAGACCAAAGCUUGGAAAAAGCUUAUCUGCAAAUACCUGAAAGAAGAUUGCAAGAAGAAAAUGAUUGAUAUCAGCAUACAUAUCAACAAAUAUCUGGUACAACUAGAACAUCCUGUUUGUAAUUUGGAAGAUGUGCGCCAUGCCAUGGGGGCCCUAUCAAAGCUUCGAGAUGCUGAAAUUCAGACUGAUAUGACGUUAAUUUCCAUUGAGGAAACCUUCGAAAUACUGACCAAAAAUAAAGCAGAGGUCACCAAAAGAGAGGCCGAUGGAAUGUACAACCUGCGGAAUCUCUUCUCAAAGCUUCAGUCCAAAGCUGUAUCUUUGCAAGACGAGCUUGUUCGGAUGCAGCCCAAGUUCAAGCAAAACCUUCUCGAAUGUGUUACUGUCUUUGAAAAAGACGUUGACAGCUUUCAGGAAGAAUACAAUACUGAAGGCCCCAUGGUUGAAGGAAUUCCUCCACAAAUAGCCAGCAAGCAGCUCCAAGUCUUUCAGGAUAGAUUUGAUGAACUUUGGAGAAAUUUUACCACAUACACUUCUGGGGAGCAACUUCUUGGCUUGCCAGUUACAGAGAAUAACUUUCUACAUCAAAAAAAAAAGGAGUUGGAGCUACUUCGAAAACUCUAUGGCCUGUAUGAUGCUGUCAUGAGUAAGAUCAGUGGAUAUUACAAUAUCCUGUGGACAGACGUCGACAUUGAAAAGAUCAACUCAGAACUUUUGGAGUUUCAGAAUAGGUGUCGAAAGCUGCCAAAAGCACUGAAGGACUGGCAAGCCUUCCAAGACCUAAAGAAAACCAUUGAUGACUUCAAUGAGUCCUGCCCACUGCUGGAAAUGAUGGCAAACAAGUCCAUGAUGUUGAGACACUGGGACCGGAUUGGAAGCCUGACUGGACAUCACUUUGAGGUGGAGUCUAAAACGUUUAUGCUGCAGAACAUCAUGGAAGCACCUCUGCUGAAGUACAAGGAUGAUAUUGAGGACAUCUGCAUAUCAGCUGUAAAGGAGAAAGAUAUUGAGGCCAAACUGACACAAGUAAAAGACUUGUGGUCUGGCCAGACCCUCAGCCUGAUGACAUUUAAGGAUAGAGGAGAACUAAUGCUGAAGGGGGCAGAGACAGCAGAGAUUUUUACAAUCCUGGAGGACAGUCUGAUGGUGCUGGGCUCACUGCUAAGCAACAGGUACAGUGCAUACUACAAAGCAGAGAUUCAGGAUUGGGUCUCCAAGCUCUCCACAUCAUCUGAAGUCAUUGAGCAGUGGAUUAUUGUGCAGAACCUGUGGGUUUACCUGGAAGCUGUGUUUGUUGGGGGGGACAUCGCCAAAGACCUCCCACAGGAGGCAAAACGUUUUCAAGAUAUUGACAAAGCCUGGAUAAAGGUCAUGCAGCGCGCCCAGAAGUUCCCAAAUGUGGUGGAGUGCUGUGUGGGCGAUCCAAUGUUAGGGACUCAGCUACCCGAGCUUCAGAAACAGUUAGAGUUCUGUCAGAAGUCUCUUGCAGGUUACCUUGAGAAGAAGAGGCUUCUGUUUCCACGAUUCUUCUUUGUAUCCGAUCCGUCUCUUCUGGAAAUCCUUGGACAAGCCAGUGAUUCUCAUACAAUUCAGUCUCAUCUCCUUGGAGUGUUCGACAAUGUCAAUGAGGCAGAGUUUCAUCCAACAGAAUAUAACAAGAUUUUGGCUGUUCUCUCACAGGAAGGGGAGCGAUUACCUCUGGACAAACCCGUCAUGGCGCAGGGCGCUGUGGAGCUCUGGCUUGGGGAGCUGUUGUUGCAACAGCAAGCCUCAUUGCACUCCAUCAUAAGAGCUUCCGAUCUGGAGAUAAAUGAUGAAGAUUUUGAUCUUCUUUCUUUCCUUGACAAGUAUCAAGCACAGGUGGGCUUGUUAGGAAUACAGAUGCUUUGGACAAGAGAUUCUGAAGAGGCCCUAAAAAUGGCGGCCUAUGAUAAGGAUGUCAUGCCUGCUACGAAAAAGAAAUUUCUAAAUCUGCUCAGUGUGCUUAUUAAACAAACCACCCAUGACCUGAGCAAGUUUGACAGAGUCAAAUAUGAAACUCUUGUCACAAUUCACGUGCACCAGAGUGAUAUUUUUAAUGACCUGGUAAAGAAACGUAUAAAAUGCAUCAGCGACUUUGAAUGGCUGAAGCAGAGCAGAUUUUAUUACAAAGACGACCUGGACAAAGUCAUUGUAUCAAUUACUAAUGUAGACUUCAUUUAUCAGAAUGAAUGUUAUAUCACACUAGCCCAGGCUCUGGGCAUGAGUAUGGGAGGAGCUCCUGCUGGGCCAGCAGGCACUGGUAAGACUGAAACCACCAAAGACAUGGGUCGAUGUCUUGGCAAAAUCGACCUGCCCGUGCUUUCUGUUGCAGCUCAACAGAUUUCAAUUGUCCUGACAGCACGGAAGAAACACAAGAUUACUUUCAUUUUUUCAGACGGAGACUGUGUGGACUUGAAUCCAGAGUUUGGCCUGUUUAUCACUAUGAAUCCAGGAUAUGCAGGUCGUCAGGAACUUCCUGAAAAUUUAAAAGUUCAGUUCAGGACAGUGUCCAUGAUGGUUCCGGACAGGCAGAUUAUAAUGAGGGUCAAACUUGCCAGUUGUGGAUUCAAUGACAAUGUCAUCUUAGCACAAAAAUUCUUUGUUCUUUACAAACUUUGUGAAGAACAACUAACAAAACAGGUUCAUUAUGACUUUGGACUGAGGAACAUCCUAUCUGUGUUGAGAACACUUGGAGCUUGUAAAAGAGCUCGACCCGAUGACACAGAAUCCAGCACGGUCAUGAGAGUGCUCCGUGACAUGAAUCUGUCCAAACUGGUGGAUGAAGAUGAGCCCCUCUUCCUUAGUCUUAUCAAUGACCUGUUCCCUGGCAUCCAGCUGGAUAACAGCACAUAUACUGAGCUUCAAGCCGCUGUUUCCAAUCAAGUUGAGCUUGCUGGUCUUGUUAAUCACCCACCGUGGAAUCUCAAGCUUGUUCAACUUUACGAGUCAUCUCGGGUUCGUCACGGGCUGAUGACCUUAGGCCCAAGUGGGGCUGGGAAGACCAUGGUUAUCAACAUUCUCAUGAGAUCGCUAGCUGAAUGUGGAACCCCACACAGAGAAAUGCGCAUGAACCCAAAAGCAAUCACUGCUCCACAGAUGUUUGGUCGUCUGGAUGCAGCCACCAACGAUUGGACCGAUGGAAUCUUUUCCACUCUGUGGCGGAGGUCACUCAAAGCUAAGAAAGGGGAAGUCAUUUGGAUUGUGCUGGAUGGUCCUGUUGAUGCCAUAUGGAUCGAGAACCUGAACUCAGUCCUUGAUGAUAAUAAAACAUUGACCUUAGCAAAUGGUGACCGCAUCACCAUGUCACCAUCCUGUAAGUUGGUGUUUGAGGUGCACAACAUGGACAAUGCCUCCCCCGCUACUGUGUCUCGAGUGGGCAUGGUUUUUAUGAGCUCCUCAGCUCUCAGCUGGAUGCCCAUCCUCCAGGGAUGGGCCAACAAACGCAAUGCAAGAGAGGCAGAGAGCAUCAUCAGCUUAUAUGAAAAGACGUUUGAGGAUGUUUACAUGCAUAUGAAACAAAGCCUUAAACCCAAAAUGGAACUUUUGGAGUGUAACUACAUAAUGCAGUCUGUCAAUCUGCUGGAGGGCCUCCUCCCGACCAAGGAGACAGAGGGCUUUGCUGGUAGCAAACACCUGGAGCGCCUCUAUGUCUUUUGCAUUAUGUGGAGCCUUGGAGCCCUUUUAGAAUUAGAGGACAGAGACCAACUGGAAGUCUUCAUGAGGGAGCAUGACAGCAAGAUUGAUCUGCCCACAACUAAGCCAGGAGAGACUAUAUUUGAGUACAUGGUCGACACAAAUGGUGAAUGGUGCCACUGGAACAAUCUUGUGGAAGAGUAUGUCUAUCCAACUGACCAUGUGCCGCAUUACACCUCCAUUCUUGUGCCAAAUGUGGAUAACACAAGGACUUCAUUCUUGCUGGAGACCAUUGCCAAACAACACAAGGCCGUACUUCUCAUUGGUGAACAAGGGACGGCUAAGACAGUGAUGAUCAAAGGCUAUGCCAAGAACUACGAUCCAGAGACAGAUCUGUGUAAGGCACUGAACUUCUCCUCUGCCACUGAGCCCAUGAUGUAUCAGCGUUCGGUAGAAAGUUACAUUGAGAAAAGGAUUGGCAGCACCUAUGGACCCCCGGGAGGACGCAGGAUGACUAUCUUCAUUGAUGACAUAAAUAUGCCCAUUGUUAAUGAAUGGGGAGAUCAGAUCACAAACGAGAUAGUGCGGCAGAUGAUGGAAAUGAGCGGCAUGUACAAUCUGGAUAAACCAGGGGAUUUCACCAUUAUUGAAGAUGUGCAGAUUAUGGCUGCCAUGAUUCACCCUGGUGGUGGGAGAAACGACAUCCCACAAAGACUGAAGAGACAGUUUACAGUCUUCAACUGCACACUGCCAUCUAACACUUCCAUUGAUAAGAUCUUUGGUGUAAUCGUUUCUGGAUAUUUUCAUGAAUGCAGAAAAUUCCAACCAGAAAUAUCAGCAAUGGUUAAGUGUCUUGUGUCAGGUGGGAGGAUUUUAUGGCAGUGGACAAAGGUCAAAAUGCUUCCCACACCAUCAAAGUUCCACUACAUCUUCAAUUUGAGAGAUUUGUCCAGGAUCUGGCAAGGAAUGUUGAAUAUAAAAGCAGAGGAGUGUAAUGACAUACCAACCCUGUUGGCUCUUUUUAAAUGUGAAUGUACAAGGGUCAUCGCAGAUAGGUUUAUUUGCUCAGAGGACCGAGAGUGGUUUGAAAAAGCUGUUACUCGGGUGACCAAAGAGCACAUCGACCCAAACCUCGUCGCAGAGCUUCACUCUGAGCCAUAUUUUGUGGACUUCCUCCGAGACGCCCCUGAGCCAACUGGAGAGGAGGAGGAGGAUGCCUGUUUUGAUGCACCUAAGAUCUAUGAACUGGUGCCAGAUUUUCAGUUCUUAUCAGAUAAACUCAUGAUGUAUCAGGCUCAGCACAAUGAGGUUGUAAGGGGCUCCAGCCUUGAUCUGGUUUUCUUCAAAGAUGCAAUGACUCAUCUUGUCAAGAUCUCACGAAUCAUUCGCACAGACAGUGGAAAUGCCUUGCUUGUGGGUGUGGGAGGAUCGGGAAAACAGAGUCUGACACGCCUGGCCUCAUACAUAGCUGGAUACAGAAUCUUCCAGAUUACAUUAACAAGAACAUACAACAUGGGUAAUUUCAUGGAUGACCUGAAGCUGUUGUAUAACACAGCGGGGGCUGAGGGCAAAGGCAUCACCUUCAUCUUUACAGACAAUGAAAUCAAGGAUGAGGCUUUCCUGGAGUACCUCAACAAUGUUCUUUCUUCUGGAGAGGUCUCCAAUCUUUUUGCUAAAGAUGAGAUGCAAGAGAUCGCAGGGAACCUCAUACCAAUUAUGAAAAAGGAGUUUCCUCGCAUUCCACCAACUUUUGACAACCUUUACGACUACUUUAUAUCACGGUCGAGAAAGAAUCUACAUGUUGUUCUUUGCUUCUCUCCCGUGGGGCAGAAGUUUCGCUCCAGGUGUAUGAAGUUUCCCGGCUUGAUUUCUGGCUGCACGAUGGACUGGUUCACCCCCUGGCCCACUGAGGCUCUGGUUGCUGUAUCCACUUAUUUCUUAUCAAAGUUUGAAAUGGUUUGUCCUGCAGAUGUGAAGACCUCAGUGAUGGCUACUAUGGGGACAUAUCAUGACAAAGUAUCUGAGACAUGUGAAAGCUACUUUGAAAGGUUUCGAAGAAGAGCUCAUGUCACCCCAAAAUCCUACCUGUCUUUUAUAAAUGGUUACAAAACAUUAUAUGCUGAAAAGCACAACUACAUCAACACUCUGGCAGAGCGCAUGAAUGUUGGGUUGGACAAAUUGAUGGAGGCCAGUAAGUCUGUUGCUCAACUAUCGAAGGAUCUUGAAGUAAAGGAAAAGGAGCUCGCUAUAGCAUCUGCAAAAGCAGACGAAGUGCUGGCAGAAGUGACAGUCAGUGCUAAAGCAGCCACAAUUGUAAAGAAUGAGGUCCAAGUGGUGAAAGACAGAGCCCAGAAAAUUGUGGAUGGAAUUGGGAAAGAGAAAGCUAUAGCUGAGGAGAAGCUGGAAGCGGCCAGGCCAGCUUUGGAAGAGGCGACAAAUGCACUGAAUACCAUUAAACCAGCUGACAUUGCCACUGUGAGAAAACUGGCCAAGCCUCCCCACCUUAUCAUGAGGAUCAUGGACAGCUGUCUGCUCUUAUUUAACAAAAGGUUGGACUCAGUUACAAGUGAUCCUGAGCGAAACUGUCUGAAACCAUCAUGGGGAGAAGCACUCAAGCUCAUGAGUGCUUCUGGUUUCAUGACAGCACUCCAGCAGUUCCCAAAGGACAGCAUCAAUGCGGAAACUGUGGAGCUGCUCAGGCCUUACUUUGACAUGGAGGAUUACACAAUGGAAAAUGCCAAGAAAGUGUGCGGUAAUGUAGCCGGUCUGCUUGCAUGGACUCGUGCUAUGGCCUCAUUCUUUUCCAUCAACAAAGAAGUGCUGCCACUCAAGGCUAACCUUGCCGUCCAGGAAAGCCGUUUGAAAGUCGCUAAUAAUGAGCUGAGCAAGGCUGAGGCUCAGCUGGCUGAAAAGCAAGCAGAGUUUGACAAAGUCAAGGCCAAAUGUGACGCUGCAAUGAAAGAGAAACAGGAAUUGGUUGAUGAUGCAGAAAUGUGCAGGAAUAAAAUGCAGGCUGCAUCUGCUCUCAUUGACGGACUCAGUGGAGAGAAACUCACGGGCUUCUUGUCGUACUGCGGUCCAUUCAACCAGACUUUCCGGGAUAUGUUGUUGAAGGACAUCUGGGAGGCAGAGCUCCGGCAAAACAAAAUCCCUUUUACAGAAAAUCUCAAUAUCAUCUCUGCUUUGGUGGAUCCUCCCACCAUAAGUGAGUGGAACCUUCAGGGACUUCCUGGAGAUGACUUGUCCGUUCAGAACGGCAUCAUCGUAACAAAAGCGUCAAGAUAUCCCCUCCUCAUCGAUCCACAGACUCAGGGAAAGGCGUGGAUUAAGAAGAAGGAAGAGGCCAACUCACUUCAAGUCACAUCCCUAAACCACAAGUUCUUUCGCACACAUUUGGAGGAUUGCAUUUCCAUGGGACAACCAUUGCUGAUUCAGGAUAUAUCUGAGGAGCUUGACCCUGCCCUGGACAAUGUGCUAGAGAAGAACUUUAUUAAGUCUGGGACCAGUUUCAAGGUCAAAGUAGGAGACAAAGAGAUAAGUGUAAUGGAUGGAUUCCAGCUCUAUAUAACUACCAAACUACCAAAUCCAGCAUACACCCCAGAAGUCAGCGCCAAAACAUCCAUUAUUGAUUUCACUGUGAACAUGAAGGGGCUGGAGAACCAGCUGCUUGGUCGAGUCAUCCUCAAAGAAAAAUAUGAGCUAGAAGCAGAGAGACUGAAACUAAUUGAGGAUGUAACUGCUAACAAACGAAAGAUGCAGGAGUUAGAGGACAAUUUGCUGUACAAACUCAGCAGCACCAAAGGUUCUUUGGUUGAUGAUGACUCCAUGAUUGGCAUUCUGAGCACGACUAAGCAAACUGCUGCUGAAGUCAGUACAAAGCUCAGCAUUGCAGCUGAAGCAGAGAUAAAGAUCAAUAUCGCACAAGCAGAAUAUCGUCCGGUUGCCUCUCGAGGCAGCAUACUGUACUUCCUCAUCACAGAGAUGAGCAUGGUCAAUAUCAUGUACCAGACCUCCCUGGGUCAGUUCCUUAAAAUCUUCGAUCUGUCACUGGCAAGGUCUGAGAAGUCCUCCAAAACUCAGAAGCGAAUUGGAAACAUUAUUGAAUAUCUGACAUUUGAGGUUUUCAGAUACACUGUAAGGGGCCUUUAUGAAAACCAUAAGUUCAUCUUCACGCUCUUGUUGGCUCUCAAGAUUGACUUACAGAAUAAUAGAAUAGAACAAAACAAAUUUCAGAUUCUUAUCAAAGGUGGUGCAGCUCUAGACCUGAAGACCUGUCCACCAAAGCCAUUCUCUUGGAUCCUGGAUAUGGUAUGGCUAAACCUGGUUGAACUCAGCAAACUGCCACAGUUCGCUAACAUCAUAAACCAGGUGCCCCAAAAUGGGAAAAACUGGAAAGCAUGGGCCAAUCUUGAUGCCCCAGAGGAAGGCGUUAUUCCAGAUGCAUACAACUCUCUUGAUGUCUUCCAUAAACUUUUGUUGAUAAGGUCUUGGUGCCCUGAUCGCACCUUGUGUCAGGCCAGAAAAUAUGUGGAAGACUCUAUGGGCGCAAGAUUUGCUGAGCCUGUCAUCUUGAACCUUCACACAACCUGGGAGGAAAGUGAUCCUCGUACCCCACUAAUAUGCUUCCUUUCUAUGGGCUCAGAUCCCACAGACCAAAUAGAAGUUCUUGCCAAGAAACUUAAUCUAGAAUGCAGAGCUAUAUCUAUGGGACAAGGACAAGAAGUGCAUGCAAGGAAGCUUAUUACUACGUCAAUGAGAGAGAACUGUCACCUGGGCUUGCUGUUCAUGGAUGAGCUGCUGGAAACAAUCACAGUUGCAGAGACCAUGCAUGACUCUUUCAGAGUGUGGAUCACCACAGAACCACACGAUCUAUUCUCCAUAACACUCCUACAGUCUUCCAUCAAGUUUACCAACGAUCCACCGCAGGGAAUCCGUGCUGGUUUGAAACGAACGUUUGCAGGAAUUUCACAGAACCAGCUGGAAGUCAGCAACCUGCCCACAUGGAAGCCUUUGCUGUACAGCGUGGCCUUUUUACACACCGCUGUGCAGGAACGCCGUAAAUUUGGACCCUUGGGCUGGAACAUACCUUAUGAGUUCAAUUCAGCUGAUUUCUCUGCAAGUGUUGAAUUUGUUGAAAGACACUUAGACGAUUGUGGCCCGAAAAAGGAUGUGUCAUGGGUGACCUUGCGAUACAUGCUAGCCGAGGUUCAGUACGGAGGGAGGGUCACAGAUGACUACGACAAGCGCCUGCUGAAGUGUUUUGCUCGGGUGUGGUUCAGUAAGAAGAUGUUUGACCCAACAUUUUGCUUCUACACGGGCUACAAAAUUCCUGUGUGUAAGACAGUGGAGGAGUACAUGGAGAACAUUCAGAGCUUACCCACCGCGGACUCACCACAGGCAUUGGGGCUGCAUGCUAACGCUGAUAUCACAUACCAGACAAACACAUCUGCUGAAGUGUUGGACACAAUCACAAAUAUUCAGCCCAAGGAAAGUGGAGGGGGAUCCGGGGAGACUCGGGAGUCCAUCGUUUACAAGAUGGCCGAGGACAUGCUGGAGAAGUUACCCCCUAACUAUGUGCCGCAUGAGGUCAGAGCCAGGCUGAUAUCGAUGGGAGCUCUGAACCCAAUGAACAUCUUCCUGCGUCAGGAGGUGGAUCGAAUGCAAAGGAUCAUCUCUGCGGUGCGCACUAGUCUGACUGACCUGAAGCUGGCCAUCGAUGGCACAAUAAUAAUGAGCGACAACCUUCGUGAUGCUUUGGACAAUAUUUUUGAUGCCCGUGUGCCAAACCUGUGGAGGAAAAUUUCCUGGGAGUCUUCCACUCUGGGCUUUUGGUUCACAGAGCUCAUUGAGAGAAACAAACAGUUCCAUAGUUGGGUGUUUCAAGGAAGACCUAGAACAUUUUGGAUGACGGGUUUCUUUAAUCCUCAGGGGUUCUUAACAGCUAUGAGACAAGAGGUAACCAGGGCGAACAAAGGCUGGGCCCUGGACACAGUCACGCUGAACAACAAAGUGUUGAAGCAGGCUAUGGAGGAAAUCACAGCCUCCCCAACAGAGGGAGUUUACGUCUAUGGCUUGUUCCUGGAUGGGGCUGGUUGGAACAGAAAGAACAUUCAUCUCAUCGAGUCUUCGCCCAAAGUGCUUUUCACACCUAUGCCUGUCAUCCACAUGUAUGCCAUCAAAUCCACAGCUCCUCCAGAUCCUAAGCUGUAUGCCUGCCCCAUCUACAAGAAGCCGAGGCGUACAGACCUCAACUACAUCACAGCAGUGGUGCUGCCCACGGUCGAGCCCCCAGACCACUGGAUCCUACGUGGGGUUGCCCUGCUGUGUGACAUCAAAUAA